CAGGCCGUUCUGACGCAAGGCGCCGGAAGGCGUGUUGCACUGCGUCUUCGCCGUCAAUGCAAACGAAGUAAGAGGCACAGAGUCCCAGCUCAAAACCGCAUUCAAGACAAGAUGGCAGGGUUGCCCCGCAGGAUCAUUAAGGAAACACAGCGUUUGUUGGCAGAGCCAGUGCCAGGUAUAAAGGCAGAGCCAGAUGAGGGGAAUGCUCGCUACUUCCACGUGGUCAUUGCCGGACCUCAAGACUCCCCAUUUGAGGGAGGAACUUUUAAACUUGAACUCUUUCUUCCUGAAGAAUAUCCAAUGGCAGCUCCGAAAGUACGCUUCAUGACCAAAAUAUAUCACCCUAAUGUAGACAAGCUGGGAAGAAUAUGUCUAGAUAUUUUGAAAGAUAAGUGGUCUCCAGCCUUGCAGAUCCGCACAGUGCUGCUAUCAAUCCAGGCAUUACUAAGUGCUCCCAACCCUGAUGAUCCUCUAGCAAAUGAUGUCGCAGAACAAUGGAAGUCUAAUGAAGCUCAAGCCAUAGAGACAGCCCGAACAUGGACCAGGCUUUAUGCCGGAAACAAUAUUGAAGUCUAAAAAUGUAUGCGGGACAAAAAAAAAUGGAAGUCAAGAGUGAACACAACUCCAUGUUCCAACAGUCUGCCACAGUCUUAGGAAACAAACAAUUAUGAUAAAACAAACUGUAAAGAAUAUAUUAACAAAGUAAAAAGAGAACUGCAGACAAUUUGUGAUUUUAAAUGCACAUUAGUACAAAAAACGUCUUUGUCCAGAUUCACUGCUGUUCAGAUGCAUGGGCAGAUGAUCGACUCCUACGGCUUUCUUUUACAGUGGUUGGGAAGGCAGCCUUAGACUUCUGCUAUGAAGCAUGCAUUAAACUGACUGUAAUUUGUCACAUUUGUUUUGUUUUUUUUUCUGGGGGUAACUUUUUAUAUUUCUUUUAACCUUUUUUUUUUUUUUUUGCUCUUUGUUAAUAAGAAGCAGCAGAUUAGCCCCCAUUUAGAGCACCUUUUCUGUCAAACUGCAGACUUGCCCUCUUAGAAAACCUAGUUGAAUAUAUAGUUUCACUAAAAUGGAAAAGACGCAAGAUUUAACCAAAAUUCAAAAUGUAAUUUCACCAGGGAAAUGGUUCAACUGUUCAACACAGAGACCCUUACGUAGAUUUGAUUUAUGUUUUAGACUAUGGGCAAGGUAGAGCUAGAAAGAAGGGAGAUUUUGGGUAAUAUUUCUUUUUGUAUACAAAUGUAUGAUAUUCUGUUUUAGUUUUGUUUAUCUAUCUUGCCAUCACUGUACUAAUUGCACUCUCAAAAUUCCAACAUUGUGUGCUUUUUUUUUUUCUUCUUGUGUCUGUCACAGUCCAGUGCAUAAAUAUUCAUUUGUCUGUUUCUUCCUUUAAGCUAUUAUUUCGAAACGGCUGAAAGGGGCUGGAGGUGAAUGAUGAAUAGUGAGAUUUUAGUAAAAGCGGGAGGGAUGGUAAUGUUUGCAAAAACAUCACAAAUGAUCAAUAAAGGCUUUGUCUCAAUUAC